UCGUUCUCGGGACGAUCUGGCGUGGCGUGGCAUGGCGUGGAACGUCCGUGGAAGCUAAGGUAGGUGGGUGGAUGUCCGGCGUGUUGGUAGCGAGACGGUAGUUGUUGCGUAUGUGGAGUUUUGCGUGGAUGGUAUGGCAUUUUGCGGUUUCCUGUGCGGGAGGGAUUGCGAUUGGUUUGUUGGUAUGGGUUUUUAUGAUUACUGGGGGAUGUCAUGAUGUUGGUAAUGAUGAUGGGAUUGUCACAUGUUUUUAUUUCGUCUCUGCGCGUUGGUGUUGGAUUGAGGAAUAUGCAAAUUUCCGUCAUAUCGUUGAGAUAGUGGUGGAUGGGAUGGAGUUACUAUGACGAAGUUAGGUCCAGUUACAGCGUAGGAUCUAGCCAGUGCCUGAGUUGGAGAAGUCCGCUGUGGAUAAGUAUAAUUGGAGCUAAAGUGAGGAGGUAGAUAUGCAUAG